AAUGGAGGGGCGGCCCCAAAGAGGCCGGGUCUCCUAAACUCAUGGCGGCCUUGGUGCGGGCGCCUUGUUCGGUGAUGCGGCCGCCGUGUCGCCAGCUUUGGCUUCUGUUCUCCCACGGCCAUGGGCUUUGGGGUACGGCAGGGAUUCCGCGGCCGGGAGAGGCACGUUGCUGCCUGGGGAUCCGAGUCUUCAGCUCCGUGCCGCCACCGCCGGGAGCCGACGGACCCCAGCCCAAGGGCGGUCGCCGCUCGAAGCCCGGGCCCGUUUCUUGGAAGUCUUUAGCAUUGACUUUUGCCAUUGGAGGAUCUUUACUGGCUGGAAUGAAGUACUUCAAGAAAGAAAAGAUAGAAAAGCUGGAGCAGCAGCGACACCGCGCGGUUGGAAAGCCUUUACUAGGGGGACCAUUUUCCCUCAUCACUCAUGAUGGAGAGCCCAAAACUGACAAGGACUACCUGGGCCACUGGGUGUUGAUUUAUUUUGGCUUCACCCAUUGCCCUGAUAUCUGUCCGGAAGAACUAGAGAAAAUGAUUCAAGUUGUAGAUGAAAUAGACAGUAUUCCGUCCCUGCCAAAUUUAACUCCACUUUUCAUCACCAUUGAUCCAGAAAGGGACACAAAAGAAGCCAUCUCAACUUACGUGAAAGAAUUUUCGCCCAAAUUGGUUGGUUUGACUGGCACAAAAGAAGACAUUGAUGGAGUGGCCAGAGCAUACAGGGUCUAUUACAGCCCUGGCCCUAAGGAUGAAGAUGAGGACUACAUAGUUGAUCAUACAAUAAUAAUGUACUUGAUUGGACCCGAUGGAGAGUUCAUCGAUUACUUUGGCCAAAACAAGAAGGCAGCAGAAAUAGCUGGUUCAAUCGCUGCACACAUGAGAUCACACAUGAAGAAGAGGUAGCCAGAGUGGUGUCGCCAGACAUAGGAUUGUCUUGUUGAAGAGGAAGGAGGCUUUGUCUCCCUAAGGAGCCUCUAUAUAAUGUAAUGUACAGCAUUGCCUUCAUACCCUGAGAUCAUCAUUCUACAUGAGAUGUUGCCCUGGGCUCAGCCAACCCAGUCUGCCACAUAGCUACUACCAUGGGUCCAGAGGGCCAGGGUAAGCAGAGCUGGUGGAGAACAGGCCUCUCAGAGCCAUCAGAGGGAGGCAUAUGAGCACCUUUCCAUAGGAAUGGCACUUGGAGCAGCACCAAUUCCUGAACAGCGUCUGGGACCUUGCUCAGGCAAAUCGUGGGGCCGGAUUCAACAGCAGAGUGUCAUUUCCAUAGUGCUCUUGCUUUUUCAACUUGUGUGCUUGUUUGCUGAUAGUCCAGACAGGCAUGCGCGUUUGUCUUUGUACUUGAGAGUAGAGGUCAGUCUUUGUAGAAAAGGAAUGGGUGUCACUGUCAGGUUUGCAUUUCGAUCCCUCAGCAGGUGCUGCUUUGACGACUGAAGGAGAAAACUUACUGUUCCAACCUAAUUGUUAAUUCAGUUCCUGCUUUUUUUAUUUUUUAAUAGCUAAAUGGUUUGGCUGGUUUUCAGUGAUUGACCAAAUGGAAAUGAGGAUAUUAAUUAUGACUGAUAAAGAUUUUGUUUUUCAUGUACCAGGUUACACAGUUUAUAAAAUAAAGAUGUAAUCAGUUUAGCAACUUGGA